CGUUGUGUUCACAUGCUCUUCACCCUGCUCCUGCCCACUCUGCUUUUCACCUGCCCCCUGAUAACCCAUUCAGUCCUGAAAGGUCCUUAGUGCCUGGAUUUUGUCAUCCAGCCCUGCAGGAUGCUCCUCUUUGUUCUGGGAAAGGCUGUCCCAGACAGAGAGGAGGAGAUGGAGGUAGAUACAAAGAUUGAUACGGAGGAGGAGAUGGAAAUAGACGGAGAAGACCCUGGCGAGGAAGAGAUGGAUGUGGAUGUGGAGGAGGAAGAAGAGAUGGACGUGUAUGUGGAUGAGAAACAAGAGAUGGAUGUGGAUAUGGAAGAGUCCAUUGAGGACAUGGAUAUUGAUUAAGAAGGUGCGAUGGACAUCACAGACAGAGACACCACCCUUUUGUAUAUAUGUUCUACAGUUUGUUGUUGUUCUUUAGAAUGUAGAUUUUAGGGCUAUUUUUGACUUCUGUAAAUACGUUUCCCAUAGUUU